CAUAUUUCUGAAGUUUCCUUAUCUUUUCAUCUCUCUACUAGUGCUACCAUGCAACCCAGAGUACCUACUUGUAGUUCUUGCAAGAAACCUACAACAAGAUUUUUGUUUCCUUACUUUUCUCCUAUGCUAGAAGAAAUUACUUCUGUUCUCUUAUAUAUAAGAAAACAUUUAUCGCUAGUGUUCUCUGGAGCUUAUAUAUUAUACUCUGGAACUUUAGAUACUUUUCUAGAUCCGGACAAUAAUAAUAAUAACAGUUCAGUUAAUAAUCUAACUUAUGACCAAGCUCUACAACAUGCUGCUAACUGA